CUGUAAUUACCACAUACACUACCUCCAAUGGAGUAGGCUGACUCCUCACUCUGUGUGUGUGUGUGUUUAUAUAAAGUGAGGACAGCUCUCUCCAGCUCACUUUCCUUUCAGCUUCAGCUCACACACACACACACACAGAGACCGGAGUGCUGCCAAAAGAUUGCUCAGCAUUUCAUGAGUGAGAGCGCCGAGAGUCAGAGCAUACCUCAAACUUAAACCUCACUCGGACCAGACACACUGUAGCUCUCUCACACACACACACACACACACACUCGCACGUGUUCAGACAGUUCCAGCCGUACAACAUGUCUGCGUUGAGGAUCGUCCAUGUGGUCUGUGUGGUGAUUUUGGCGAGCGUGGUCAGCUCGCAGUACGAUGAUGAAUAUAUCAAACACGACCCUGCGUAUUACAACGAGAUCGGCGAUGAAGAGCAGAGCGAGGCUGACGCUGCCACCGAGGCUCCGGCCGCUCCAUGCACAUCCCCAGAGUUCACAAAGUGGGACAAGCUGUUCACCAUGCUGGAGAACUCGCAGAUGAAGGAAAACAUGCUGCUGCAGUACUCGGAUGACAUUGUGAAGGUGGGCCUGCAGUCUCUGCGUGCCGAGGUGAUGGAGAUCGUCGCGCAAGGCAGCGGUUCUUGCUCGGCCGCUGUGGAGAACUCGGCACGUCGGGCCGGAGCACACACUGAGGAGAAACUUCUGCAGGCCCUGGAGCGGCUGCAUAGUGCCGAGACCCAACUUCAUGUCGAGAACAACGACGCACUGCACCAGAUCCUGAAUGCAAUCAAGAUGCAGGUGACGAACCUUGAUAAGGUGCAGAACAACUGCAUACACGACCGGGUCAAAAGUUUCCAGACUAGAGAUCUGGAAAAGGAAGACAGAGGACAGAUGAAGGCCGUCUCUGCAGAGCUGCAAAGCCUACAAGAGAAAAUGGCUUUCUUGGAAAGAGCCUCUGCUAGACACACCCUGCCUGCAGGCUGUGACAUGGCCCUCUUCUUCCCUAUGCGCUCUACAAAGACGUAUGCUGAGAUAACUCCUCAUCGCUCCAUGAAAACCCAUGCCUUCACCGUAUGCCUGUGGAUUAAACCAACCCAAAUGCUAAACAAGACCGUGCUGUACUCAUACGGAACACCAACCAACCCUCUGGAGUUGCAGCUGCUGCUCAGCGGGCGUAAUGCACUCUUCACGGUAAGAGGUGAAGCGCAUCUAGUGGAGGCAGACGGUGCUGCGACAGAGGGAUCUUGGUCGCACUUGUGUGGGACCUGGAGCUCAGAACAAGGCCUGGCUUCACUCUGGGUAGAUGGCCACCGAGCAGCAAGUUCUCCUGGAGUAGCUGAGGGGCAUGAGAUCCCUGCCGACGGCAUCACCAUUCUGGGCCAGCAGUACACCGGUGAAGGUCUGGCCAAGAGAUGGGGCUUUCAGGAGACGUUCAAUGCUGAUGAGGCGUUCACAGGGAAGCUGACUGGAGUAAACGCGUGGGACCGUGUCCUAGACGAAGAUGAGAUUGCUGAACAGGCAAGAGAGGACGGAUGGAGCUGUGGUUCCCGUGGCAACUUGGUGGCAUGGGGUGUGUCUCAGCUCGUAGAGAAAGGAGGAGUCAAACUCAUCUACUAGCUGCAGAGAACCCUGCACAGAAACUUUUCAACUUCCAACACACAAGUAGUCCACUGUACUACAACUACUACACUAUCACAUCUUGCUUAGCUCAAUGAAUCUUACUCGCCACUGGGGGGCAACUGUCUUUCACAAUGACACUACGAGAACCACGGAAACCAAAGAUCAAGGGAUAGUCUGUAAAGGCAUUUCAUCACCUGCUCCUGAAGACAGCCUGUGUAUUCUUCUUGUAUUUAUCAGAAUGUUUACAUUCAGCUAAUAAACUUUCUUCACCCAUAAUCUUCUGAAACUACUUUUUUUUUUUUAAUGAAGUAACUUGUUAUUCCUGUGAUAGUCUUUUGUUUAAGACAAAGAUUUUUAUGAAAUUUUGGUAAAGGAACUGUGUAAAAUGUUUACAGAAUCUCGAGACUUUAUUGUCGCUCUUUUAAUGUGAGAAAAUGUACUAUAUUGUAUUUUUUUGUUAAGAGGAUAAAAUGAACCUAUAUUGUAUAUAGAUCUUUUGUUUUUAUUUUUUGUUUAUUCCUGAUGGAGUGAAAUGGUGGAGUUUAAUAAAGAAAACAGUUACAUGGUA